UUCCUGCGAAGCCGUUGCCUUGCAAUGAUCUGGAAGGUUGAGACAUCUGUCGAGACUGCAUAAUGCUGCUGCUGGGAUCUCCCUGGUCAUCCAUUCAAAAAGUUGACACGGCCUUGAGCAUCGCACAAUACUGUAGUCAUUCCAUUUUAAAAAAUUUGAGAUCAGUUGUUGAAAGUUACUGAGUAGUUGGCACACCAUGCUCCGCUCCAUCCCGUUUGCCGUGCUUUGGCUGUGCUUGUCAUUGCACGGUCUUUUACCGUCUUCUUGCAACGCCCAAUCCGAGGAUGAAGUGUUUGUGUGGAGUUCUACAGGAGGAGGAUGGCGGGCCAUGUUUGCCUGUGUGGGCUACGUAAACUUGUUUCGACAAGCCGGACUCUUCAACCAGGAUUCUUCACGUUUUGCGCAAAUUGCCACCAACAGUGGAGGCGCUUGGUUUUCCACGCAACUCUUUUAUUCUCCGGCAUUUUACCAACAAACGGCCAUGGCCGAAUCACCCCAGGAUCUGUACGACUUUACCAUUCAGUGGAUGACAUCCUACCGACAGUUGCUCCAACGAGUCACUCCUCUCACGCCGGAAGAAACCCUCGAUGAUAUUACCAACACGUCUGAUUUGGACCCCGAUAUUGCCACCAAUGAAACAACCACCACAACGACAAAUACUGAAGAUACCACGCUCGCCUAUUUGACGGAAUUCUUCGAUCUCUUUCAAGCCUUUGAAGGAGAUUGGACCAGUUUUAUUGGACAAAUGCUAGAAGAAGCCGCCAUGGACUAUGGUCACCAAGGAAACUUUAACGAAACGCCGGCCACGGCGCAAGGCAAGGCACUGCCCAACACGGACAUGCUGAUUCAAACGGCACUCUCUCCUACGGCCCGAGUCCGCAAUGAAACCGUCAACAGUACCGAAGACUUGACCGUCUACUUGGGACCCGCCGUGGGCAAUCUCUACACGGUCCCCAUCUCGGCCGCCUACAUUGUCAAUGAUACCUUUGUCGGAUUCCAAUAUGCCACCUUUGAUUCCGAUUCGUCCAAUGUCGUGGUCGCGGGUGCGGAAUCCGUCUCGUCCGAUUUUGACUUUGAUACGUGGGAUCCCUACUUUUUAUAUCCCGGUAGCACGGGAAGUCUCUUUGGCGCCAAUUUCAAUGCCGACGAUGAACCUACGGCCAUUAUUGCCGCGGACGACAUUGUUGUUACGGAUGCCACUACGAACGACGCCGACAUUAUGCAACUCCCCUUUGGUGGCGCCGCCAAUGUGGCACAGGUGGCAUCCUGCAGUUCGGCGGCGGUCGGAACGGCCAGUCCGACCAUUCCAUCCACAUUUGCACACGCAUGGUCCCAACCACGAGCUGGCAUUCAUCAAGCCGAAGGAGUGAGCAGUUUGGCUGUUUUGAUUGGGUAUGAUUUAGCCGUGGGGGCCAUUUACAAUGCACCCAUUAUGGACAAUGUUGCCGUGUGUGGACAAUGGCCAGAACCCUGUGGGGCUACCGAUGGAUGGUUUAUCGAUGGUGGGUUUGUCGACAAUCCAUCCGUGGCAAUCAAUGUCGCGCAGUAUCAUCAACGAGCCGACGCCAAUUUGACCAAAACACUCAAAAUGGUACUCACCAAUACCAAUCAACAAUACAUUAACAGCACCUACGUGACGGCACAGCUACAGCAGUAUUAUGCCACCGAUUUCAAUGACGGCAUUGCCCCGGGGGAGUACAUUUGGAUCCCGUCGUCGCAAGUGCCUCGUCGGUCGGCGCAGUUUUUUGGAGACACGCUGAGCGAACAAGAUUUGAUCGACUCGUUGGAACCGAUUGAAGGGAGCAACAUGACCACGCAGUUGUUGACGGGCACGACAAUUGACAAUCCUGCGUUCGGGAUCCGGGCGGGACAGAACGUACAAAUCCUAGUGUUGAAUUUGAACGAACCCAUUACGACGUUUAUUGCCGGACAAACCAUCAUCAACAACACCAUGGAGCCGUUGGCAGAAAUGGCACGGCACAUUGCUGCCAAUGAAGAACUGUUGAGACGCGUUCAGGUCUUUUUUGGAGUUGUGCCGGAGGAUGAUGAUGAUGAUCCGACAACAACCGAUGCUGGUGAUAGCGAUGCCGACGACGGCAGUGAGGAAUCCGGGAAUAGCACUGGUAGUACCGAUGCUGGAAACGAGGAGGAUGGAGAUUCAAGCAGUAAUGGUGCAUCGGAUAGCACGAGUUCCAGCGUUUCGUCGAGGAACGGAUGCAUCUUUGGUUCAACUUGGAUGGUGACAAGUUUGCUGUUGUUAUGGUUUCCCUUUGCUGCUUAAGCCCGUGCCCAAAGCCUCCAGCAGAGAAUCAUGAGGAUUCUUUGGUGUCAACAAGCAGUAACUAAUUGUGGUUCCUAUACUAGCUAGAGUUAUAUACCAAACCUCAUUACUCGCUAGCUGUCAUUCUCCCAGGUAUCGUGGGGA